AUGGGGAGGAAGCGGAGACUUCAGUUCGUUGAGCCUGGUGAGAGCUCCUCACAUGUGGGGUCGAAUGAAGUACCAUCAUGCCAACAAGCUCCUCCAGCUGAUGAUGAUAGACGACAGUCCCAGGGGAGUGAUGACGAGACACUAGCAUUAGAUACUGAGGACAUACCCAUACCCGUACCCACAGCUGGAGUGGUUGUUGUGCCCAACAAACGUGGGCCUAACCGAUUUGAUGAUAUAUGGAAUAUGCCACCGGGCAAAAAAUUAUUCUUGGAAAUAAAUGGGGUGGGCCAGCCAGUCGGGGAGAAUGCUGGACCUUGGGCAAAGUGGCUGGGAACAGUGGCAAGAAAGCCUGAUAUGUACCCAAUCAAUUACCGCUCAUGGCAUUCCAUGCCACUACAAUACAAGAAUCGGUGUUGGGAAGCCAUUCAGGCACGAUGGGUAAUUCCUACAGCCCGCAUCCCACUUGCCAAGCAAAGGAAAUGGUCACUCUCACGGAUUGGGAAGUUGUGGAGGGGCCACAAAACAGAGUUGAAGGAAAAGCACUGCAACCUGAACACAGCUAAGGAAGAUUUACUUCAGCUAUCACUGCCAGAGGUUGAUGACACUCAAUUUCAUGGCUUGGUGGAGUAUUGGUUCUCUAAAGAUUUUAAGGAGCUGUCGGAAGAUAACAAAGCGCGGCGUGGCAAGCAGACGAAGUUGCACACGCUCGGAUCCAGAAGCAUGGCCCAGACGGCGGAUAUCAUUGCAAAAAAGAAAGGCAAGCAAGUAGAGAGAAGUGAGAUGUACGCAGUGGCGUAUUCUCACAAAGAUGGUGUUGCUGUGAAUGCCACUGCGGAAGUGAACAUUGUCCUCGGUGCAGAGAGAAGUGGUCGUGUUAGAGGGGUAGGCUUUGGUCCAACCCCCUUUGGAAAUCGUGCAAGGUCAAUGGAUGAUAGUACGCCACCUCCAACAUCUAUUGCAACUGAACAAAAGGUUAUCGAGUUGUCUGCUGAAGUAGAAGAAAUGAAGGAGAAAUGCGCGCGUUAUGAUGUUGAAAUGAAGGAGAAAUGUGCGCAUUAUGAUGCUGAAAUGAGGUUAAUGCGGAGGAUGUUGACUUCACUAUACCCAUCGUUUCCCAAUCUAUCUACGGUGAUUGGUGAGUUUUGA